AUGUCCUGUAGUCUGUUAGGUUGUGCUCGAACUCAGGGUUUCUAUCGGAUGCCAACGGAAGAACGCUUCCGACGUCCAUGGUCUGUUGGACGAAGUAUGGUCGGAGACGAUGGUCGUAGGCGUCCUAUUCCUCUGAUGCCAGCGACAGUUGAAGCCCAGCUAGGUGGUGCAGCCAUAUUACAAGCAUUGGGUGUCAGCAUUGAAGAACGUCUGACUGAACAGGCAUCGGAAGCUAAAAAGAAGCAGCUAACGCAAUUUCGCGAGGCACGUUCGGUUCAACGUCGACUUUUAGCGGAAUUUCAAGAUAUUGAGACGGGAGAUCUACUGAAGUUCAAUCAGCUCAAACCCAACUGCUAUGCAAAAAUCAUUACUGUCGAAAGCAAAAAGAAGAUAGUCAUCUAUUCAAAACGUGACAUUAAUGUCAUGGAGGAAAUUACCUACGAUUACAAAUUCCCGUACGAGGAAGAAAAGAUUCCCUGUCUUUGUGGUUCAUCUGGUUGCCGUGGCACUCUGAAUUAG